UCGGCGGGGGGGCCGGCCGCUUCAGAAGCCAUCAGUGUGUGGAGGAGUGACCCGGGGAUUUCAUGAUUACCGCAUGACAGGGAAAAGCCUGGGGACUGCACGGGUCGGAGGGUUGUCCUUGAAGCAAACACCGGGUGGAUUGUGAGACAGAGUCGUGCCCUGUUUUCGCCAGUUAGAGUGGAGAGUCUGUGCGAUUCCACGAUGCCGGUGUUUCACACGAAAACCAUUGAGAGUAUCCUGGAGCCGGUGGCUCAGCAGAUAUCUCACCUGGUCAUCAUGCAUGAGGAGGGAGAAGUUGAUGGCAAAGCGAUUCCUGAUCUCAGUGCGCCCGUGGCCGCUGUACAGGCAGCUGUCAGCAACCUUGUGCGGGUGGGGAAGGAAACUGUUCAGACCACAGAAGACCAGAUUAUGAAGAGAGACAUGCCUCCAGCCUUUAUUAAGGUGGAGAAUGCUUGUGCCAAGCUAGUAGAAGCAGCUCGGAUGCUGAGAACAGAUCCGUAUUCUGUUCCUGCCCGAGAUUACCUUAUCGAUGGCUCCCGUGGAAUCCUCUCAGGCACAUCAGACCUGCUACUUACCUUUGAUGAGGCAGAGGUACGUAAGAUCAUCCGUGUCUGUAAAGGCAUCUUGGAGUACUUGACAGUAGCAGAAGUGGUGGAGAGCAUGGAGGACUUGGUCACAUACACUAAAAACCUUGGACCAGGGAUGACGAAGAUGGCAAAGAUGAUCGAUGAACGGCAGCAGGAGCUGACACAUCAGGAGCACCGCAUGAUGUUGGUCAACUCCAUGAACACGGUGAAGGAGCUGCUGCCUGUACUCAUAUCAGCUGUAAAAAUCUUUGUGACCACCAAGUGUGCCAAGAGCCAUGGUGUGGAGGAAGCCAUGAAGAACAGGAACUACACCUUUGAGAAGAUGAGUGCUGAGAUCAAUGAGAUCAUCCGAGUGCUGCAGCUCACUUCCUGGGAUGAAGACGCCUGGGCCAACAAAGACACAGAAGCAAUGAAGAGAUCACUGGCACUGAUUGAGUCGAAGAUGAAUCAGGCUAAAGCCUGGCUCAAAGAUCCUAAUGGUCUACCAGGGGCAGCAGGCGAGCAUGCUCUGCGUCAGAUUCUUGAUGAGGCCGGGAAAGUGGGAGAGCUGUGUGCCGGGAAGGAGAGAAGGGAGAUCCUGGGAACGACUAAGACGUUGGGACAGAUGACUGAUCAGGUGUCAGACGUGCGACUCAGAGGUCAGGGGCCUACACCCAUGGGAAUGCAGAAGGCCCAGCAGGUGGCACAGGGUUUGGACAUCCUAGUGGGGAAAGUGGAGAAUGCUGCUCGCAAACUGGAGGCCCUGAGCAAUGCUAAGCAGGCUAUUGCUAAGAGGAUAGAUGCUGCUCAGAGCUGGCUGGCUGAUCCUCAUGGAGGUCCUGAAGGAGAGGAAAAUAUCAGAGCUCUGUUAGCUGAAGCCAAGCGCAUCGCUGAUCUGUGUGAGGACCCCAAAGAGAGAGAUGACAUUCUGCGAUCUGUUAGCGAAAUCGCUGGCCUCACCGCCAAACUCGCUGAACUUCGCAGACAGGGUAAAGGUGAUACUCCUGAAGCCAGACUGCUGGCCAAACAGAUUGGCACUGCUCUACAGAACCUACAGGCCAAGACCAAUCGUGCUGUAGCCAACAUGCGGCCAGCCAAGGCUGCUGUGACCCUGGAGGGCAAGAUGGAGCAGGCUCAACGCUGGAUCAACAACCCCAAUGUGGAUGACCGUGGAGUUGGUCAGGCUGCUAUCCGUGGGCUGAUAGCAGAAGGCCGCAGACUGGCUAACUCUCUUCCAGGGCCGUACAGGCAGGAGCUGCUGGCGAAGUGUGAGCGUGCGGAGCAGCUGAUGAUGCAGCUGUGUGACCUGGCUGCUCGGGGAGAGGGAGAAAGUCCUCAGGGUCGUGCCGUAGCUGCUCAGCUCCUUGAUGCUCUUAAAGAUUUGAAAGCAAAGAUGCAGGAGGCAAUGACACAGGAGGUCUCUGAUGUAUUUAGUGAUACUACGACUCCAAUCAAGCUUCUAGCUGUGGCAGCUACAGCUCCACCCGAGGCCCCCAACCGGGACGAGGUCUUUGAUGAAAGAGCAUCUAACUUUGAGAAUCAUGCUAACAGGCUGGGGGCCACAGCAGAGAAAGCUGCUGCUGUAGGGACAGCCAAUAAGAGCACAGUGGAAGGGAUCCAGGCAACAGUGAAGUCAGCCAGGGAGUUAACACCUCAGGUUACUUCUGCUGCACGUAUUUUGCUCAAGAACCCUGGCAACCAGGCAGCGUACGAACAUUUUGAGACCAUGAAAAACCAGUGGAUUGACAAUAUUGAAAAAAUGACUGGUUUGGUAGAUGAGGCUAUUGACACUAAAUCCCUCCUGGAUGCCUCAGAAGAAGCCAUCAAAAAAGACAUCGAUAAGUGCCGUGUGGCUAUGGCGAACGUUCAGCCCCAGAUGCUGGUAGCUGGAGCCACUAGCAUUGCCAGACGGGCUAACCGGAUACUCCUGGUGGCUAAGAGAGAAGUGGAGAACUCUGAAGACCCUAAAUUCAGAGAGAUGGUGAAAGCAGCCUCAGAUGAACUGAGCAAAACAAUUUCGCCCAUGGUUAUUGAUGCCAAGGCUGUAGCAGGAAACAUCCAGAAUCCAGGUCUUCAAAAAAGCUUUCUGGACUCAGCGUACAGGAUUCUGUCUGCUGUUGGGAAAGUCCGAGAAGCCUUCCACCCUCAGGAACCUGAUUUCCCUCCUCCUCCUCCAGAUCUGGAUCAGCUGCAUGUAAAUGAUGAACAGGCUCCUCCGAAACCACCGCUGCCAGAGGGAGAAGUUCCUCCCCCCAGACCUCCUCCUCCUGAGGAGAAGGACGAGGAGUUCCCUGAACAGAAGGCCGGGGAGAUGGUGAGCGAGCCAAUGAUGGUGGCCGCCAGGCAACUACACGAUGAAGCCCGCAAAUGGUCUAGUAAGCCCGACGCGACAGACGAGCGUUUUGUGACCGCUGCGGCGGACGUAGAUAUAGACGAUGAGGACGAGUUCACAGACAACGAGGACGAUUACGAGCCUGAACUGCUCUUAAUGCCCUCCAAUCAGCCCGUUAACCAGUCCAUGCUGGCUGCUGCCCAGUCCUUGCACCAGGAAGCUCGCAAGUGGUCCAGUAAGGGUAAUGAUAUUAUUGCAGCAGCUAAGCGAAUGGCCUUGCUGAUGGCUGAAAUGUCACGUCUGGUGCGUGGAGGCAGCGGCAACAAGCGCGCUCUGAUCCAGUGUGCUAAAGACAUCGCCAAGGCCUCUGAUGAGGUCACGCGGCUGGCUAAAGAGGUGGCUAAACAGUGUACUGACAAACGCAUUCGCACCAACCUACUGCAGGUGUGUGAGCGGAUCCCUACCAUCAGCACUCAGCUGAAGAUUCUGUCCACGGUGAAGGCCACCAUGCUGGGACGCACUAACAUCAGUGAGGAAGAAUCAGAGCAGGCUACUGAGAUGCUGGUCCACAAUGCACAGAACCUGAUGCAGUCAGUGAAGGAGACGGUGAGAGAGGCCGAGGCAGCCUCCAUUAAAAUCCGUACAGAUGCAGGGUUUACUCUACGCUGGGUCAGAAAGACCCCCUGGUACCAGUAAAGCACCAGUUUCUUCCGUCAUGUUCUUAGUCUUGCCUUUUAGAACACUAAGAUCUAGUGGCCUAACGGAGUGCGAAAUCGAAACGACAUGUUACACUGAUGGACACUGAUCAUAAAUGUUAUGAAUUCAUGCCUCACUCUUUGCUUUGUGAAGGAAUUAUUAUCAUUUUUUUGUGGUUAUGGUUCUUAAGGUUUGCUCUUGUCCCUUUAUCUCUCACUAUGUUUAAAAAGUAGGACUAUAUAGGAUGAAGAGUUUUUAAAUAUAUAUUUUUGGUAUGUUGGGUUUCAUUAAUUGAUCCAAAUUUCAGGUAUAUAUAUAUAUAUUUUUUUUGCAUGAAGAAGUUUUUUUUCUUUUUCUAUUUUGUAUUGAAGGACUAUGAGUCAACCUUGUGAACACCUCUCUCAUGAGGUCAUAAGGUUUUCAUAUUGAGAGUGUAUAUAUUUAUAUUUCUUAACGCUGUCUACACCUGAUUAUUAAUUAUACAUUUCAGUAAAUGAAACGCGUAACUCAAGAGAACGUUUUUAGCUUUACUCACAUGUGCUGAUUGUAUUAGGUAUUAAUUCACCUUUUAAUGAAGCUUUAUUUAGCCUAUAUUUACAGAAAGGAUAUGAUUGAUGUCGCAACGAUUUUUUUUUUUUUUUUGCUGGUUGCCUCACAAAUUGACACCAAAGAUUCUGUUAGUUGUAGUUCUACUUCUAUAAUCUUAGCACUGUCUGAUGAAAUAAAUAUAACUUUAAUGUAUUUGAGCUUUACUGAACUUUGGAUUACGUUUAAACCAUGCCACCACUCAGUGCUCACCACUUAAAAUAGCUUGUGUGUGUGUGUGUGUGUGUAUUUGCUGACCACUGUAGAAAGAUUUAAUCAUUGUGAAAUGACCUCAUUAUGGUCAGAAAGUUAAGAUGAAUCUCUGAAGCACAAUCCAUGCAACAGUUAUUUCCAUUCAGCAUCAUAUAAACAUCAAAGUCAGUCUUAUUUUGAAAUAAUCCGUACUCUAGACCUGGCUCUUUUGAACUUGACAUCACCAUAUACAAAAAUGCUACAUAUAUACAUAACUACCUCUAUAUUGACAUUUUGAGAAGUAUAAAUGUAGAGCUAGUAAAAAAUUGCAGCAUAAUACACAGAACGUCUGUUUGGACAAAGGUCAUUGAGCUCUCAUGGUUCUUCACUUCUUAUGGAACAUCCUCUACUUUCCUGCAGGCUGGACAAAAAACUUCAAAUUAAAAGCCAGGUCUGUUAAAAAGAAACUGUCAAAUAAUAAUUCUUUCAUACAACUGUUCAAGAUGCAAGUAAGUAAAGAAUAAAACACUUGGUGCAUGUUGUCAUUGGAAAAUAAUCAAUUAUGGGGUGAUGGGUUGCACUCCCCAAAGUUGAUUAUUUUCCUAUAACAAAGUGACAAUUCAAAUGUUUCAUUCAUCCAUGAAUGAAUGAAACAUAUUUUUUUCUACAUUUAUAGUUACAUUAGAUGUUCUGGAACAUGCACAAAUUAAGUUAGUUCCUAUUAUCACAUAUAACAGCUUGAAAUAUUAUAGCCUGCCUACACUUGUCCCACUUGUCAUUUUACGGAGGAACUGAAAAGCACAAUGUCCUCUCUCUUAAAGACUUUCCUAUUGCAGAAAACUUACUGACUGCUACAAAGCACAUGAGACUCCUUCCAUAAACAUACAAAAAUAAACAGCUCCUUAUAAAAAGCUUCAAAAUAUCAACAAUUAUACAUUUUUUAAAUCAGCUAAUUAUUAGGUUUAGAUUAUGUGGUGUGCCCACCAUACAAGUUCCUUCUAAAAGAGCUGUUGCUAUAGAAACUGUAACAUAUUUGAAUGAGCACAUUAAUAGACAUUUGUGCUUUGCCUUGCAGUCAGCACAACUGUCAGAGCUGCUGUUAUAGAAAAUACGCCUUCUGAGCAACCAGCGCUGUGGUAGAAUUAUUGUUAUGGCUGUAAGGAAGUGAAGUCAAAGUUAUAAUAUAUAAUAUAUAAAGUAACGCUACACCUUGCUAAUGCAGCUGAUCGAUUUUGGUCUGAAAUGUCCUGCUUUUCUGAAAUCUUUGUGUAUGCUGCAUUUUUUCACUACCUUUACAUUGAUUACUCAAUUUAUAAAAUAUAAAAAAAAAAGCCUUUUUCAUGGUUGCCAAGGUGACACUGGACUUUUUGUUCCCAGGCUGCCCAGUGUCUCUAAAAUCCAAAAAUGUUACUUGGCACCCUUUUAAGAAAUAUUUUUGAUUAAUUUUAAUGUGUUUGGAAUAUGUGGGUAACGAUUACACAAGACCCAGGUGGCUUGUUCACACAAUUUAAUAUGACGCGGAAGAUGC